GCCGACAUCACUGAUUGCCCAGUUAACCGGAUUUCGUGGUUGAUGUUAAUUCAUUCAGUUAUCAUUUUAUAAUCGGCGUGUUUACUGUGUACGUUAAUUCUCGGAGUUGGCUAUUUUCAUUUAGUCUAUUGACGAUGAUCGCCUUUUAAAAGAAGAAGAAUACCGAGUACAAACUCUCGGACGCCAGCGUAGCACAUUAUGAUUUCCCGGAGCAGGAAUUUGUUACUGCUCCUCUCUCUGCUGUACGUCGUCUGCGGGGAUGAGCAUACGCACACGUACGAACAGAAUGACGAGGUGGUGCUGUGGAUGAACACGGUCGGCCCUUACCACAAUCGACAGGAGACCUAUACCUAUUUCUCUCUUCCCUUCUGUAAAGGGACAAAGGACGCUAUCAGUCACUACCACGAAACCCUAGGAGAGGCUCUGCAAGGCGUAGAGCUUGAUUUCAGCGGACUUGACAUAGAAUUCAAAGCUGCAAUAUCUGAGACAAUGUACUGUGAAGUACUUCUUGAUGAAGCAAAGCACAAAGCAUUUGUUUAUGCAGUCAAAAAUCAUUAUUGGUACCAAAUGUAUAUUGAUGAUUUGCCAAUAUGGGGUAUUGUUGGAGACAUAGAGGAAGAUAAAGUAAAUUCGUACUCCUAUUACAUUUGGACUCAUAAAAAGUUCGACAUUGGCUACAAUGGAAAACACAUAGUUGAUGUAAAUCUAACUUCAGAUAACAAAGUUAAGCUGGUUGUGGGAGCAAGGCUGAAGUUCACUUAUGAGGUCAACUGGAUCAGUUCUAACGUUAAAUUUGAGGACAGAUUUGACAAGUAUCUCGAUCCGAACUUUUUUCAACACAGGAUUCACUGGUUUAGCAUUUUCAACAGUUUUAUGAUGGUAAUAUUCCUCGUUGGCUUAGUGUCAAUGAUCUUAAUGAGGACACUUCGGAAAGAUUACGCGAGGUAUAGCAAAGAUGAUGAUCUCGAUGAUAUGGAGAAAGACUUAGGUGACGAAUAUGGUUGGAAGCAGGUGCAUGGAGAUGUAUUCAGGCCUGCCACCAAUUCUAUGAUGUUUUCUGCCAUGAUUGGUGCUGGAUAUCAAAUUACAGUUGUCACAUUUGCUGUCAUAAUGUUUGCCAUAGUAGGAGAACUGUAUACAGAGAGAGGUUCAUUGUUGAGCACAGCGAUAUUUGUAUAUGCAGCAACUUCACCUGUUAAUGGCUAUACAGGUGGUGGGCUUUAUGCACGCCUUGGGGGUAAACGAUGGAUAAAGCAGAUGCUUCUCUCAGCCUUCCUCCUCCCUGCACUUGUUUGUGGAACUGCAUUUUUCAUUAACUUUAUCGCAAUUUACUAUCAUGCAUCUCGAGCCAUUCCUUUUGGAACUAUGGUGGCCGUGACAUGUAUUUGUCUAUUUGUAAUUCUCCCUUUGACAAUGGUCGGGACAGUCUUGGGCAGGAAUUUGGCUGGCCAGAGCGAUUCACCCUGCCGUGUUAAUGCAGUUCCAAGGCCAAUCCCAGAAAAGAAGUGGUUUAUGGAACCAACUAUCAUUGUACUGCUUGGAGGGAUUCUUCCAUUUGGAUCUAUUUUUAUUGAAAUGUAUUUCAUAUUCACAUCGUUCUGGGCAUACAAAAUAUAUUAUGUUUAUGGAUUUAUGCUGCUUGUCUUCCUUAUCCUUGUUGUUGUCACAGUCUGUGUAACAAUAGUUUGUACAUAUUUCCUUCUAAAUGCAGAGGAUUACAGGUGGCAGUGGACAAGCUUCUUAGCCGCAGGGUCAACAGCUUGUUAUGUAUACAUGUACUCAUUCUACUACUUUUUCUUUAAAACAAAGAUGUAUGGCCUGUUUCAAACUACGUUUUACUUUGGAUAUAUGGCACUGUUUUCAAUUGCCUUAGGACUAAUGUGUGGAACAGUUGGCUACAUGGGAACUGCAGUGUUUGUUCGCAAAAUCUACUCAACUGUUAAAAUUGACUGAAUUGGUUGCUGUUUACAUUUCCAAAAACAUGUAAUUUAAUCUAUAAUGGCACUGAUUUUUAAUAAAUAAAUAAAAUUAUGUAAUUAAAAAUUGAGCAUUUUUCGUGGAUCAUUGUGGUUGUUAAUUCAGUUGUAAAGCACUUUUUUUAAUGCUCAAUACUGUUAAGAUUUUGUUAAAAGCUUUUUGGUCAUACUUUACACUAAAUGAUCAUCACUGAUUUUGAAUUUAAUGGGAUAGUGCAAUAAGUUACCAGUUAAACACUGUACACUUUUGUUGAUUCAAAUACUGCUGGAAUUUUUUAGUUUUGGAAAGUUAUAGAAAGGCGGACUAAAAAUAAAUAAAAAUAACAUAAACAAGUAAAUUACCAUAGCAAAAAUAAAUCAAUAAUUUUUCAAACCAAAAUUAUUUAUUAUUUUCAACAAAUGUAAUAUGGAUUAAAAUUUGGCUUUUUUUCUCAAUGUCAUCAUAUUUUCUACAGUCAUGGUUAUUGUUGUGGUACAGCAAUGGUUAUUGCAAUUAUGGUGCAAAGGAGUGUUGAACUGAAAUUGUGAAUACCAAUGUAUUUUAUUAAAUUAUUAAUGUGCCAAAAAGAGUUGAUAUGUGUGAACAUGUAUGCUUGCCUGUAUUAUCCAAGUAUUAUUUUUCUUUAUUUAAAAACUCCUAAGUAAUAUUGCUAUUAAAUAUUUUCCAUUCUUAUUUUUGAUGUCAGUACUUAACAAAUUAAGUCCUUUAUAUUGCACUACUCCCUUUUUUUAGACCAUCUUUGUAUUUGUCUUAAGUUUUAUCAUUAGAAUGGAAAAAAUGCAUACCUCAUACCUUAUUUGGUAAUUAGAUGAAAAAUCAAAAUUUAAAAUAACAUUAAAAUAAAAUAUCCUGUCCAUUAAAUAAAUAUAAGUAGGUUUAAAACAUUUUGGGAGCAUUGAUUGUUAUCAGAUAAGUCAUAGGACUCGUCUCAAAAACUCAAAUUGUGCACAUGAACCCCUUUAAUCAGCAUGUAUAUAUAUGAUGAUGUAUCUUGGCAUCACAAAAAUAAAAAUUAAUGGGUCAGAAGCUAAUGUGAUGUAACCUGCAGGGGAA